AGAUGGCGACCUGCUAUAAACAUCGUGUCGAUUUCGUUGUGUAUCUUGGCAUAUUGUGUACAUUCUCGGAUAUUUAUUAAUUAAUACUGGAUAUAACGUUGUUAAAGAAUGUGACAGUUGUAGUAUGGGCAGUGUGUAGUGCAGUGGAUACGCGAAAAUACGUGGGAAUACCGAAUGUGUAGUCAUCGCUAAGAGCGAGUGGCGAGUAAAUACAGGAAUGGACAAAUGUCAAAUUGACCUGGGUUGACUAAAACGAGUAAAACCAGCAAGCAUGUGAUUAGGGAGACGUAACGUUUUCAUUAUAACCAAUCUACCUCAUGGUUUCACAGUGUAAAUGGCCAGUUUAUCGAAUGCGGUUGGGGAGCAUAGAGUGUGCUCUCUAUGUCAUGAGAAAUAUAAGGACCCUCGGGUUUUACCCUGCUUGCACACAUUUUGUCGGGAGUGCCUGGAACGUAGAUACCACGACCAAGGCUUUAACGAUACCCUUGCAUGUCCGAUAUGCCGUCAGUCCACAUCAUUAAGCUCUGGUGGCGUGGAAGGUAUUCCGUCCAGCAUUUUCAUAUCGAAUAUCCUAGAUGUCAUGGUAUCCCAGGAUGAAUACGAAAAUGGUGACUUGAAUACCAACUUCUCGGAAAGCUUGUGCAACUGUGCCGAAGGUAGCAGAGCAACCUCACUGUGCAAGAAUUGUCACGAGUACCUUUGUGAUAACUGCGUAAAGGCCCAUCAACGAGUCAGAUUGACCAAAGAUCACUACAUAGAGAGCCUAAUGAACAGGGGAUUUCCUUACCAAUGCCAACCAGCCCCAGUGUUGAAUUCCCCAAGUCUUUCCACUGCACAAGGUGAUAAACAUCAAACCCCUUGUUCUAAGCAUGAGAAUGAAAUUCUGCGUGUUUAUUGCGAUACCUGUCUAGUUCCCAUAUGCAGAGAAUGUACAAUGACUGAACAUGUUGGCCAUAGCUUCAUCUACCUCCAAGAUGCCAUAGACAACUCCCGAAAUGUAUCCAAAAAGCUUAUAGCAGAUGCAAAAGCUGGAAUGAAAGCUAUUGAAGAAGGCAUACAGCUUACUCAAGGCAUGGCUGAACGUGUUGAAGUUCGCUCACAAUCGGUUACAGCAGAAAUAAGGAACAUAACCAGACGUCAUAUGGCAGCACUUGAAGAACGUGAACGUGAUCUCCUUAGACGUGUAGAAAAGAUUCGCCAAGUGAAAGGUAAAUCUUUACACAUGCAAAUUGAUGAACUGAAACAGGGACUUGUAAGCUUGAGUCGGACUGUUGAGAAUGUUGAGUCUGUGUUAAACACAGGUAGAGAUAUUGAUAUAUUGAAGACUAACGAGAGCAUGGUAAAUGAAAUGCAAAAACUGAGAAUUCUCAGAGGCCUUUUGCUACCGCAUGAAGACGACAGUAUUUUAUUUACCCCGCCCGAUGCCGCACUCUUGAUUGCAAUAUCCAAGAUGGGAUUCAUUUCUAGCAGUGCUUAUGCUCCUAACUGUGUUGCAUUCGGUGAAGGGAUCAAGCGUGCCCUUAAAGGAAAAUUGGCAGCCUUUGCAAUUCAAGCCAAAGAUCAUCUUGGUGAACAGCGUGUGAUUGGUGGGGAUCCUGUCCAGUGCAUCAUUACUAGUCCGGACGGUACCAUGUACAGGACUGAGGUGAUAGACCGACAAAACGGUACCUACAAUGUAUCAUACCAACCACAAAUCGAGGGACAGCACAUGAUUUCCCUGAUGGUCAAUGGCAAACAUAUUCAUGAGAGCCCAUUUAAGGUCGAUGUGAGAAGUGGCCGUAACUAUGCCACAGUGGGCCAUAUGUUUGCCCAGUUUGGUGGAGAAGGAGAAGACCCAGGCAAGCUUUGUCGCCCAUGGGGAAUUUGUUACCACAAAGACGGCUACAUUCUUGUUGCUGAUAGAAGCAAUAACCGCAUUCAGGCUUUUAAUCUGAACGGCAUCUAUCACCACCACUUUGGGUCAUCUGGCACGAGGAAUGGUCAGUUUGACCGGCCAGCUGGUGUGGCUUCGGACAUCCAGGGACGUGUAGUGGUUGCAGACAAGGACAAUCACCGCAUUCAGCUCUUCACCAUUGAUGGUACAUUCAUCCUUAAGUUUGGUGAAAAGGGAAAUAAAAAUGGCCAGUUCAAUUACCCAUGGGAUGUUGCAGUGAAUUCAGAAGGGAAAAUAUUAGUGUCCGAUACACGAAACCAUCGUGUUCAGUUGUUCACUGGUGACGGCUUGUUCAUCAAUAAGUAUGGAUUUGAUGGUGCUAUGUGGAAACAUUUCGACUCUCCCCGUGGUGUGUGUUUCAACAAUGAAGGUCAGAUGAUUGUUACUGAUUUCAACAAUCAUCGCCUUCUAGUUAUUCAUCCCGAUUUCCAGACAGCCCGCUUUCUAGGAACAGAGGGCAGUGCCAAUGGACAGUUUCUUCGCCCUCAGGGUGUAGUCGUGGAUCAGGAAGGAAACAUCAUCGUUGCUGAUUCUCGCAAUCAUAGAGUUCAAGUAUUUCAACCAAGUGGCAACUUCCUGUGCAAAUUCGGCACUCCCGGGUCGGCCCCUGGUCAGCUUGACCGGCCAUCAGGUGUCUGCGUCGCACCAGAUGGUCGCAUUUUUGUUGUUGAUUUUGGUAAUAAUCGUGUGGAAGUAUUUUAAAUGCUUUGCCCUUUUGAAGGGUUUGCUUAUUGCCAAGCUCAGGUUUUAACUCAGGUGUUUGCCUGUGUGUUAGUUGAUGUAAAUAUGUAGAGUAUGUUUGCCAAAGGCAUGUUGUUAUAUGCUCAGGGAAAACCACUAGUGAGUUCAGUUGAUUCUUCUGUGCUGGGAAACAACAGUUACACUGUUUGAAAAAAGGUGUGUCAAACAUGCUUUCUCGUAAGUUUACUUACAGGUUUCACCAUGCAUAGAAUUCAUGGUGCAUUCAAUUUUUAGCUCACCUGAGCACAACUUGCUCAUCGUGAGCUUUUGUGAUCGCCUUUUGUUUUUCGUGCGUUGUGCGGCGUCAACAUUUGACUUGUUAACUCUCUAGAGCCCACGUUUAUUGUCCAAUCUUCAUGAAAUUUGGUCAGGAGAUUGGUUUCAAUGAUAUCUUGGAUGAGUUCGAAAAUGGUUACGUUUGCUUAAAAAACAUGGCUGCCAAGGGGCGGGGCAUUUUUCCUUAUAUGGCUAUAGCAAAAUCUUGUUAACACUCUAGAGGCCACAUUUAUUGUCAAAUCCUCAUGAAACUUGGUCAGAAGAUUCAUCCCAAUGAUAUCUUGGAAGAGUUCGAAAAUGAUGUCGGUUGGUUGAAAAACAUGGCCGCCAGGGGGCGGGGCAUUUUACCUUAUAUGGCUAUAGUAAAACCUUGUUAACACUCUAGAGGCCACAUUAAUUUUCCGAUCUUCAUGAAACUUGCUCAGAUGAUUGGUCCCAAUGAUAUCUUGGAUGAGUUCAAAAAUGGUAACCUUGGCUUGAAAAAAAUGGCUGCCAAUGGGCGGGGAAUUUUUCCUUAUAUGGCUAUAUAUGGCAGGGCCCUCACACUACUUUGGGGGAAGGGGCCCGCAGCCCUUAGGCGGGGGAAUUUUCGCGGCGUUUCCCUUUUUGGGGGAUUAUUUUACUUACUCGCUCAUUAUUUCAUUUAUACAUGUUUGCACUAUAUUCAUUGCAUUUUUCAUAAUUUAGUAUGUUUGAAAAGAUUAAAUUGAAAUAGAAUUGAGAAAUAAUAAUCAUGAGACACAUCUUUCUAUUUAAAAAAAAAUAAAAAAAUUUUUAGGGGGAAUUUUUCCCCCAAAAAGGGGGAAAAAGUAUACUUUUCAGGUGGGGGACUGCCGCCGAAAUUCGGCGGCAGAUUUGAUAGAUUGAGGGCCCUGUAUGGCUAUAGUAAGAUCUUGUUAACUUUCUAGUUUGCUCAAUCUUCAUGAAAUUUGGUCAGAACAUUUGUUUCCUGUGUAGUAAAGUUUGGUUUUAUUAUGUCAAUAUUAUGUGACAUUAACUGUAUUAUGUAAUUUUUCAUAACCAUUUUCAAACUCGUCCGAGAAAUCCACAUAACUAAAAAACAUGGCCGCCAGGGAGUGGGGCAGUUUUUUUAUAUGUAUAUAGUGACAACAUGUGAACAGUCUAGAAGACACAUUUUUUUCCCAAUCUUCAUGAAAUUUGGACAUAUCUUGGAAGAGUUAAAAAAUGGUUCAGGUCGGUUAAAAAAACAUGGCCGCCAAGGGGCCAUUUGUUGUUCAUUCUUCAUGAUACUUGGUUAGAACAAUUGUUCCAUUGAUAUCUUUGGCUGCAAAGAACAGGUCAUUUCUUUUUAUCUGAGGUGAGCGACUUUGGGCCUUUCAGGCCCUCUUGUUUUUGGUUAGUUUUGGGGCUCAGAAGAUUUGCAACUGUUCACAUUAAAUCGCUUGUUUUGAUUUAGCGCGUGCUUUGUUUUUUAUAUGUUCAUGUAUAAAUUUAUAUUUGCUGUUAUUUCAUACAUCUAUGUAUAACUAUGUUACAUUUAGAAUCAUCAUUCUGACGCAAGUUGUAUUUGUGUCAAGCCUUCCCACAUGUGAGCCAUUCAACGAUAUCAUGUAUAAAUCAUGAAGUCAUAUAAAUUCUGUAUAAAUAUGUAAAUUGAAGUAUUUAACAUAACUUUCCUAAUUUAAUGUGUAUGAAAUAAUGCAAUAUAUGCAUAUUGACUGUUUGUUUCUGUUACACAAACAUGGGUGAUCCCAAUUUAAAUAUGAUAUUAAAGUUAUUAAUUUUUCCAAAGCACUAAAAAUGUCCCUAAUUAAAGUUUUGUUGUGGAAUGUCUCAAAUAUAUUUCAUUGUUAUUUAAUUAUUAUCUUUUAUUAACGGGUAAAAACCUAUAAUUUAGUAUAAACUAUUAAUAAGCAAAAUGAACAAUGUUUAUUUCACGUGUCUUGGAUUAAUUUAUGUGGGUCAUUCUUCCGUAAAUUUUACCUCAAUCAUCAAUAAAAGAUUGCUAGGUUUUUAACGGUAAGAUGUAAACUUCAGAAUAAUGUUAUUUAUUCUGUUUCCACACUGUCCAGUAAAUAGACUUACAAAAGUGAAUUUUUGACACAUGUUCAUUCUUUAUGGUGUAUAAGCCUUUGUUUUUGUGCCAGUAUGUUUAUGGAAAUGACUAGAGAAUUUAACAUUUAAAAAAACAAUGUAAUAUGAUAUGGCGACAGGACAUUUGUAAUUUGCUGGGUCAAUUCUAUUAAGCUUGACCAUCCAAGCGGUUGAUAGCUUUGACAAACUGGUGGUCUGAAACAUUGAGAAAAUGUCACGAUUCACUGACAAUAAAUCAAACAUGUUAUUCUUGCUACGCAUCUUGCAUUUAAUUUUGUCAAUUCAAAUUAUACAUAAAAAUAUAAUUACUUUUUAAUCUGCUUGUUAAUUGAAAAACAGCAACACAGUUUGUAUGUAUAAAACAAUGCUAAUACAUAAAUAGGAUCAAGCAUAUUAAAAUAUCAACUUAGAUUUAGUUUACUUUACUGUACAGGAUUUGUAAAGUUAGGUUAAUAUUUGUGUAUUGGACAAAAAUAACACCAGUGUAAAGAAAAUUUAAUUUGGGGAUGUUCUAUCCAAACCCUAAGAGUUCAGAUUUCCUCAAAGGCCUAGUAAAGAUUGUAAAUUUCAACCCACUCCUCUGGUCAGUUUUCAGAGCGCACAUAUAAUUAACUUUUGAGCUUAGUGUCUCAUUUGUACAUGCAUUACUGUAUUAACUCCAAACCAGCUAGUACAAGUGGUAGGCCAGUAUUACAUGGACUGGUGUUCACUGUUUACACCAGUUUCACAAGCCCAUCUGAUACUGGUCAGUAUCUUGGCAAGUGGCCAAAGUUGGGAGAGGAAUUAAUGGUCUAUUACAUAACUGACUUCUGUGUGUGGUAAACACAUGAUACUGGUCAUGUGGUCAAGUUGCACUUGUAUACAUUUGCCCAAUACACAACACUAGCCUUGGCUAUUUUUAAUCAGAUUGCAUUGCUAUCUAUGGUCAUUGACUAGGGGAGUUAACUGCUAUAAAUAACAUGUUUCAUUACCAUUAAUAAUAAAACAUAACAAAUUGUGUGCACUUUUCACAUAUUGUCAAAUAAGUCAAAAUGUGUGAAAGGUAUCCAAAAAAUCAAAUACUCAAUCAUAUAAUGGAUAUAAUUGAUUAGUAUAGGUCCUGAUUGGUUUUUGCACUAUUAAUUGGAUACAUUUCACAGGUCAUUGACAUAAGCAGUGCUCCAGCUAGGAUUUAAAAAGGGCAUGGUGGCUUUUUUGUCAAAGGGGCACUUUGGACGCGUAGAAUUUUGUCAAAAGGGCACUUUCGAGUGCGCAGGCUUUUCUGGAAUGCUUCCACAUGCAUUUUAAUUUAUAUGUUAUUAAUAAUUGUUAGAAAUAUUAUUUCCAUUAUUAUUAAACCAUAUGAAUAUAAUGUGUACAAAAUGAAAUAAAUUAGUUACUUGUAAUGUAAUAAGAGAUUUAUC